AUGUAUCCUAACAAGUUUAGGUUUCAGAGUGUCUCGGCCCCCGUCAAGCAAAAUAAUCGCAAUCAUGAAUCAACACACUUUAAUCAUGUCAUUAACUUUGAACCAGAGGCCGCCAAGGAUACCCAUUACUGGGAAGGAUUCGAUGAGAGCUCCUGGGAAGGGUUCAGUCCUCAUAUGGAUGAGCAAGAUCCUGUGCCUAGGGAAAGAGGAACUCAAAAUGGGUCCUCAUCUACCAAUAGCAGCCCCGUGUCUGGCCAACAAAACGAUGUCCUCGAACUAAACGAGCUGCUCAUGUUGGAGCGAACGCAGAGAAUUUUAACAUACUAUGACAAUGUGAUAUGCCCGCAUCAAAUCAUGCUGUCUGGGACAGAAACAAAUAAUCCAUAUCGAUCAUAUAUUCUACCAUUGGCGUAUGAACAACUUGGCCUACUUUAUGCCUUGCUUGGGCUUUCAGCCUGUCAUAUGGCCCUGACGAACGGAGAGGGGGAACUCCUAGAGGUGGCUGAUGAAUAUCGCCUUAAGUGUAUCGGCUCGUUAAUACAGACGAUUCAGAAGAUCAUAUCAUCACAGUCCCAUGAAGAUGAGAGAGAUGGGCUAUUUGCUACAAUUCAGCUUCUUCUUCUACACGAUGUUGGUCUCUUUGCGUUUACCUUGGAUUUCUUCCCUACCCUGAGUCAGCGCUCUUGA